AUGAAGCGCACAGGAUACUUCUUUACCGGAGACAAAUUUCUCUUCGCCACUGUCGUCGUUUUUGUUAUCAUUUCCAUGCAGUCUGGUCCACCUGUCAAAUACCUGACUGGUGAUGGAAAUGACUGUCGAAAAUGGUGGCUGGAAGGACCUCCAUCCUCCGACGACCCCAGAUUGCUGGAGGUUCUAAGAGCACAGUUCCUGGAACCGCCUUCAGUUCAGCCCUACAACCUGACUCCGCCGAAAGCUUACGACGAAUACAGCUACCCGAAGUCCAGCUUCGAGGUCAUAGGCGACCACUUGACCCACUUCUUCAGCGACCAGCGCAGUGGGUUCUUCGUUGAAGCGGGAGCCUUCGACGGGGAAAUGUUUUCGAACUCACUGUGGCUGGAAAAGCAACUGGGCUGGAAAGGUCUCCUUGUAGAGGCCGAUCCUGACAGCUUCCAGCUGCUGACCUGGAAGCGACGGAAGGCCUGGACCUCCAAUUCGUGCAUUUCCAGAUUUCCUUACCCUCAGAGGACCACCUUCGAGGCCCUGCAAGGGCUGUCGAUCGACCACCCCAUGGUUUAUAGGUCUAACUCUAGGCCUAUGAGCUCCCCUUUUCGGAAACUCGACAACAAAUGGAACAGGAAUUCUGUCAAGUCUUAUUUUCGGGUCCAGUGCUUCCCUCUGGCGUCCUACCUGCACGCCCUGAACGUGACCACCGUGGACCUGAUGAUUCUCGACAUACAAGGGCACGAGUGGGAGGUCAUUCGGACGUUGCCCUUGGACAGGGUCACCGUCAGGGUGAUGGUUGUGGAGUACUACAAUGUCUCGCCAGAGGGACUGAUAAGCGAGAGCGAAUUUAACCCUCGGUUCGCGGACUAUAUGAGGAAUCUUGGUUAUCGUCUGGUGGAGUACGAACUGGAAAGUAACUACAUAAUGGUGCUGGAAAGAGAUUCCGUUUUAAUGGAGAAAGUACGUUCCAGGUCUCGAAUUGACCCUUAGUGACCAGAACUACGUGAAAAGGAAAACUGAAUGCAUUAAAAAAGCGGGUAACAUGUAUAAAUUAGUUCGUCUGUUGACGUGAAAAAUAUCUCUUAGUUUAAAAGUGAUUACAAGACCACUCACUAACUUUGUUUAUAACCUGAAGACGAAAAAAAAGCAAGGAAAGAACAAGGUAGCCUGAUAAGGUGAUAUUUGAUAUUGUGAUAAAUUUCAUUAUACAUAUGAAAUGAAAAAUCAGUUUUUACUCUUUAAAAACUUAUAAGUGUAAGAACAUUCGCAUGAUAGAAAUGUGUUACAAGUGUCUUGAUAAGCAUAAAGCUUUAUAUUUUUGUUGGCGUUGUUCUAAACGCCUGCAUUUAUAAAUGAACAACUGAUGCACUAUGGUUAUUACAAAUAUAUUCGUAUCUGGCAAAUAGCUGUCCGUGAACUCUGUAAAUAUAUUAUAAUCCCCUCCUGAGAACGAGAAGAUUUUUAUCUCACUCGUGGUCAGGUCGGUAGCGCGAUAUGGUUCUGAUGUUCCGGAUGCUGGUUCGAAUUCUGCUAAGCGCAUACAAAUGUCCAAGACUUUGCAAAUAUCUUCAUAUUCUUGCUUUUGGUUCUCAGACUUUGUAGUGGUGAAAGAAAAAAGUUGAGAGGGCUAAGUGGUUUUUACGAUUACAAAUUUACAUAUACUCAUAGUACAUGUAUACAGGCAGUCCCCGGAACGACACUUGGAAAUAUGCCUUAAACUAAGAAAAAGUUAGAGAGACCUUACCUGUGUGACAUGCAAGUAUUGCAUGAUGUGUAGUGUGGUUAUUUCAAUGGCAAAGGAUGGUUCUUGAAGGUAUAAUUCUUUAUUAAACUCUUGUGACACUAUAAAGCACAAUGUACUACACUUAAUCCUUAGGUUAGAUUAUACACUAAACACUAUAUUAUGCACUGUACACUACGUAGUAUGUAUGUAGUAAUCCUUUGGUAGAUCCUGGAGUACACUAAAAUCCCAGUCUGGUAGCUCUGGAAGGUAAAAGUAUAACACAAUUAGUACAAAAUACUACACAAAGUCCUGAAUGCAAUAUGUAAAUUAUAGAUAUCAAGAGUAAAAGAGUUAAUGUAUGUUAAUUAAUUCCUUACUUUUAGUUUAUAAUUCCUUACUUUGAGUUAUAUCAAGAGUAAAAAAGUUAAUGUAUGUGAAUUAAUUCCUUACUUUUAGUUUAAAGUUGUCAUGCUAUGUAACCCUGGAUGCACAAAGUCUUAUGUGGCCCCAUAGCCUACAUCAUUCAGGGGGUUCUGGAAUGUACAAAAAAUAAUUUUGUCAGUAAGUACUCUAUGCAUAGUAAGUUACAUACAGUAAUAUGCACCAUACAGUGGUUUAAUAUCAACUGGUAUGCAUAGUAAAUGAUUGGUCUACACCCCCUGUUCAGCAGGGAGUGUACAGUAUGUACGUAAUUCCAUGAGGGACCUUGAUCACUUAUCCCAUGUGAGAGAUCUUGGUCACUUUUUUUUAGUAUGUACGUAUAAAACUUACUUAAUGUAUGUUUACUACUAUGUAUAAUUCCUUACCUUUAUGUUAUGUAGUAACCCUGGACAAAGUUUUAUGUGGCCCCAUAGCCUGCAUCAUGGAGGGGGUCCUGGUUUUCUGGAAUGUACCAAAAAAGUAUCAAAGUUAAGUCAUGUUAUGUAUGUUUAGUAAGUUACAUACAGUAACCAUACGUACAGUGGUUUAUAACAUGUAUGUACAUAAUCAAACUUGGUUGGAAAUUCCUGUAAAAAAAGUUAUGUACGUAUGUAAUACUACUGUAUGUAAAAACCUUACUGUUCAUACUUUGUUACACUACAUGUUACAUGUGAUACGUAUACUUUCCUGAAGGGUUUUUUCCAUCCAAAAAUGGUGCUUCUACUUGUAGUUAUCCCUUGAUGACACUUGUAGUAGUAAUUUGUUAGUAACAACCUGGAGUUGUGU